CCUCUCACCCGCCGCGGCGCUGUUUGCGAGAAGGCGGAGCUCGGGAAGCCGGGAGAGGCAGCGCCGAGUCCGGCCACAGUCGGAGCAUUUCCUGAGAGCUCUUGAAGAUCAGAAAAUAAUGGCAAAAGAAGAAUUUCGAGACGUAAUACAAAGAUGUCAAAUACUGAAUGAGGAGGACUUUAAAGGAGAAGAUUUUGACCAUUUCCAAGCUGCAGGAAAGAAGUGCUUGGAAGAGGGGUAUAUAGCUGAAGUAUUAGAAAUAAUUCAAAAUGAGAAAAACAAGGUUAUUAUCAAAAGCAUGGGCUGGAAUCUUGUGGGUCCUCUGAUCAGAUGUACACAUGAAUAUAAAGAAAAUGACAUUGAGAGAGAUCGCUGCAAGAAAAUAUUAGAUAAGUUGGUGGAGUUUUGCAAUCCAAAAGAACUUGUUCUGGGUUUUCUGGAACAGAUUGAACAAACUUCUAAGGAACAGAUGUCCCAAACUGUCUUGCUUUUGCUUAAGCCUCUGCAGGAAGUGCUUCUGAAACUUCAUAGGAAUAAAGCCUAUUCAAUCGGGUUGUCACUGUCUACCAUCUUGAACCAGCUCUCCCUUCUGCCAGUACCUUACACAGCACAGCAAGUACAGGAAGACAUGCAUGGCCUCUGCCGCUGUUGCAAUGCUCUAACAGAUUUUGUUAAUCCUUUUGUGGAUGAAGUUGUUAGGCACAUGGAGACCUCAGAUGGAGGCUGCAAAGAUCUGAAGGAAGAAUUGCUAAGUUUUUGCCUGAAGAGCUUGAAAUAUCCCUUACUAAUGGCAGAGCUUGAAGAGUUGCCUGAGGAGACUAUCAAGCAUCCCUUAAGGCAGUUUGCCGCUGAUAUAUUAGGCAUUUUGCUGGAUAUUAGAGAAUUGAUUCCCAAAGUAUUCCCUCAACAUGGAUGCAAAAAUCAAAUCUGGGAUAAUGAGGGCUUAGUGGAAAUAGAACAAGAACAGUCAGCAGAUUCUUUGGCAUGUCUUUCUUAUAUAGUCUUUGUUCAGGACUUUGGAAUGAACUAUUUUCCAGUGGUUUUCCACCCCUCGUACAUUCUGCAGUGCAACAUGGUGCACAUUCAAGUUCUGCUGGAAAGGAAAGAAGAGUCUGUAUUAUCAAAAGGACUUGAUCUAUUGGAGAGCUGUCUACUGAGGCUGGAAGAUAAUAGCCUUUUCCUUCAAUACUUGGAGUUCAGAAGCUUUAUUACAAUACCUCAGGAUAUGGUCAAAUUGAUGACACUGUGUCCUUUUGAACCUCUGAGAAAGAAGAGCUUAAAGCUUUUACAACUCUAUAUAAACAAGUUUGAGGAAGAAGGAAAAUACACUUUGUUCAGGUGUCUGUUGAAGACAAGUAAUCAUUCUGGUGUGGAAGCAUACAUUAUCCAAAAUAUUAAAAAUCAGAUUGAUUUAUCUUUAAAGAGUACAAAGAGUAGUAAAUGUUUUACUGGACUCCAGCUGGUUUCACUACUAGACGCUGUGUUAUCACUUCCUGAAGGAGCUGAAACGGAUCUUCUCCAGAACUCAGACAGGAUUAUGGCAUCUCUAAAUCUGCUGAGAUAUUUAAUCAUUAGGGAUAAUGAAAAUGACAAUAAAACCUGCAUAUGGACAGAACUUACAAAGAUUGAGCAAAAUUUCUUGAAGCCCUUACACACUGGACUUAAUAUGUCAAGGGCACAUUAUGAAGCAGAAAUAAAGAAUAAAAAAGAGAACAGAAGAGAAUCCCACACUUCUAAGACAGUUUGCUCUGUCACAGUAGCUGGGGGAAAGAUGCCUACGAUGACAAGUGAAAUGGAACUUCAGGUUCUUCAAUCGGCUCUCUUCACAUUUGACUUAAUGGAGAGUGUUCUGGCCAGAGUAGAAGAACUAGUUGAAGUCAAAACAAAAAUAGCAGCUGAAGCAAAUACUGGGGUCAAAUGAAAGUUUGCCUCCCAUACCCCAGUUACGUUCACAUUAUGCACUUCAUUUGGACUUGAUGGACCAAGUAACAAGCUUUAAUCAUGUGCAAAAUAGUAUACACAAUGGCUGCUAGAAGAGAAAGCCCAAGACAUUUUGCAUUUUUUUUGUUUUCAUCUUGUUGAUUAAAGGAGCUUUUUUGCAUAGUAAAAUGUUAACUGUGGUGGCAUAGUUGCAACAUACCUGUACACUGUGGUUUAGCUUUAAUUCUUAAAAAACCCACUGUACCAAAAUUUAGUGCAGUUUAGUCAUCUGAUCUCUGCUUUUGGCUGGAAAACCCCCUGGAUGCAUGCACAAGAGUUUGAGGUUUCAUGACACAAAACAGUUCUCCAUGACAAUUUGUUACUGUGACAUAAAGGAUAUAUCUCGGUGGAAAAAUAAGCAGGGAUGGAAACAGGCCAUUGAUGGAAGUUGGAGGUAACAUGUUUCCCUGAGUGGAUUAGGACUCAGGACCGGAAACAGAGCUCCAGAAGACUCUUGUGUGUUUUACUGUUCAGCUCAGAUAACACAGGUUUAUGCAUAACCUGUGCUAGCACCCUUGCUGUUGCCAACAAAAGCACUUCCUGUGCAGAUUUCUACGAAUAUAUCAAAUUCUUUAUAUGGCCUUAUCUGCGGAUACUUAAGUUUGUGUAUUGGGGCUAUGAAGAGAGAAAGGGAGAACUUUCUGCAAACUUGGGGAACCUCAAGGCUUGCAGAAAAAUCCAAAAAGAUAUAAAAAUGGGGCAAACAGAACUGAACCGUUGGCCUGGCCUCAUCAAUCCUUCUCAUGGUGGAGGAGAGGAUGGCUACACCUGGCAGAUGCUGCCACGGGCAGGCUGAAGAGAAGGA